AUGUAAUCAAGGGUACAUAUCUUACAGAAAGAAGGUCGCAAAUUCAAUGAAAAUGGAAGCCAAGUACCAAUAUUAGACAAUACAAAUAUAUAUAACUAACUACAAUGUAAAAGAAACACUAAAAGAAUGACAUGCUGAAAAUGGCGGGAAUGUCCAUAGAGAAAAGCGAAUCAUUAAAUUUUUACAAAUAUCUUUGCCAACAAAUUGGAUCUGAGAAGGUCGUGAGAACUAGGAGGUUGGCUUUCAAUAUAAGGGACUUAGGACACAACAUGAUAACCAGUGGAAGUAAAGGUGAAGGACUCAAUUUAAACGGCAGUGAUUUAGAUGUAAUGAUAAUUGACUCUUUUUUUAAAGUGUAUCGAUCAGAAACCGAAGUUCAAAGUCAAUUGUAUCCAAUUCCGUUAAUUAUGAAUACCGAGGAGACUCAGCCAUGUUUCACACAAUUGUGGAUGUUAAAUCAAAAUAUAAUCAUAACUCCGAAUUUGAUGCAUCGAGGAUAUAUGCUUUCAAGUGAACUGUAUAAACGGCUCUUUUUGAGUGUGGCAGACAUGCAUAUUCCCGCACCGUGGUCAGGAAAAAUUCAUGGACCAUGUAUAUCAGAUGCAGAUGAUCUAAUUGAUUUUGCUUCGUGUCUUAAAUGUGACAAAUGGAUAUUUCAAGCAAAGCCAUGGGUAAGCAGACCACGUACAACAUGGCCCCCAUUUGACAUCAUUUCAAAAAUAGUAUCUAGUGGGGUGUUAUUGGUUCCAAUUGGCCACAAAGGAUCCAUAAAUGAAAAUGUAGAAUGGCGAAUUUCUUUUUCUGUUGCAGAAAAAUAUCUGAUAUUUUCCUUCAGCCAUACACAAUUAUUAUGUUAUGCUAUGUUAAAAAUCUUGCUGAGGGACAUAAUAGAAAAACAUGAAGAUUUGAAAGGUUUAUUGUGUUCAUAUUUCUUAAAAACAGUAAUGUUUUGGAUUUCAGAAGAAACAGACCCAUACGUGUGGAGACCUGAUAAUAUGAUACUAUGUUUCAUGGCAUGUCUCCAAAGACUACUGUACUGUGUAAGAUAUUCAAUAUUGUCACAUUAUUUUAUUCCUGACAAUAAUUUGUUCUUUUUAAGAUUCAAAGGUACUAACAAAGAUAAAUUGAUCUCCCUUCUUACGAAUUUAUGUGAGCAAGGAAUAAAUUGCUUUGCAUCUUCUGAGACCCUACACGAUUAUCAAAGCCGGUCUUCCAAAAUCACCGAUUCUGUGAUAAGCAAAAGCGUGGGAUGCUUACGACAAAUAAUACCUACAUUUUAUGCGUAUUAUUUUUAUAGUGGAAGCGAUAGAAAUUUGAGAAUGCUGUAUUAUUUUCUACAUCAUUCAAGAACUGCUUUAUCUAGAGUUUUAUUCGCUUUACAAAUAUCAGAAGCAUCUAUGCAUAUUCCAGAACAAACACAAUACCCAACUUGCUUGGAAAACAAAAAUCAUUACUUCAGGUACAAACAUGAUCUUAGUCAUUUGAUGAUCGGAUUACAUUUUGAUGCAGUGUCAGGAUUGUUGAAGUUAGCGUCUUUCUUCUAUGUUCAGAAAAAUUUCAUAGCCUCAUUAACUGUAAUAAAAUAUACGUUGCACAAGUACACAGACGAGAAAAUAUACAUGUAUGCAAAUUCAUGUAAUCACGCUGUUAGAUGUAAUCAUAUGCAAAAACAUGUGGCAAAUCUGAUGAAAAACGAGAAACUUAAUACAACAAUGAAAUCUUUAAUAUUUCAACCAAUUGGAUCGGUAUGGAAUUUAUCUCUAGUUCCACAAGAACUACUAUUAGAUGUUACAAACAGGCGUGCUAGUUUUCAUCCGGUAUCAUUUUCACAUUUCUUAAGCUUCCUAUGUUACUACCAUCUGCAUGACAUUACAUCGUGUAUACAGUCUUUACAACGGCUAAAACAUGUUCAAAGGACACUCGGUGACUGUGAAUUCGAUGUAAGGUGUAAUGAUUUCGUGAACACAGUUAUUUUUUGUGGCAUAGGUCACCAGUUAUUGGGUGAGGAAUACUCUGCUAGACAUGCGUUCAAAGUAGCUGCUCGUCUUGAUAGGAAUAAUGUAACAAGUGCAGCAUCAAGGCUGUCUCGUCUUAUCUAA